UGUCUAUCCAAUUAAUUAUGAAUAUCAAUGAUAGUAUGGUGUGUUUUUUAUAUUAUUAUUUAAAAAAAAAAACUAGUGCUGUUACACCACGCCUCUCACGCACCACUACGUAACAUGAAUAUUCAUUCGAAUCCAAGAGAGUUUUCAUGCGAUUACGAUGGGGGUACGUGAGCGUGGUGGAAAUGGUAGCAAGAUGGCGGCGUUGAAGGAGGAGCAGUGUUACGGGCUGUCCUGUGGAAGAGUGAGCAAUGGCAGCAAUAUCUCCGUCUUUCACGUCAAACUCACUGACAGCGCAUUGAGAGCCUUUGAAGAAUUUCAGAACAGUAAGGCCCAGUCAUCUCAGCCACGCAUCCGGUUUAAUGGAAACCAAGGGAAAAUCUCCAUCCCUUCCUCGGACAGUCCCAGCGAGCUGCGAACGUUCACCUUCUACCUGUCCAACGUGGGCCGGGACAACCCUCAGGGCAGCUUCGACUGCAUCCAGCAGUACACUACCGGAGAUGGCAGUGUGGAGCUGGACUGCCUGGGCGGCAUCCAGGACAAGAUCACGGUGUGCGCCACGGACGACUCCUACCAGAAGGCCAGGCAGAGCAUGGCCCAGGUGGAGGAGGAGACGCGCAGCCGAGGCGCCAUCGUCAUCAAGCCCGGCGGCCGAUACGUGGGGAAGCGCGUGCAGCGGCGCGGGCCGGUCCCGGGCCUGACGGACAUCGCUCCGUCGCGGCGCACCUCGCGGCCCGUGCUCAUCUCGUCGAGCGCGCCGCGGAAGGGAGGGGGCGGCGGGGCGCAGCUGCGGCCCCUGAGGGAGCGCCUCACGCACCUGCUGGCCCUCAAGCCCUACCGCAAGCCCGAGCUCAUCCUGCGCCUGCAGAAGGACAGCCUCACGCAGCAGGACAAGGACUCUCUGGACAGCCUCCUGCAACAGGUGGCUAACCUGAACGGGAAAGACAACACCUUCACGCUGAAGGACUGCCUGUUCAAGGAGAUCCAGAAGGACUGGCCUGGCUACGCUGAGGUGGACCAGCAGAUCCUGAAGCGGAUCCUUGUACGGAAACUGUGCAAGACUCCCAGCAAGACCCCAGCCCCAGCCGCAGCCGAGGUGCCUGCAAGUCCCCCCAAGGAGCCAGCCAGCAGCUCGCCUUCUCAGAAACGGCCAGCUACAGAGUUCAUUGACCCUCUGGCCAACAAAAAGCCUCGGAUAUCUCAUCUGGUCAGCAAGCCUGCUGCACCAAUCAACGGCAAGCUGAGCUCCUCCAAUGGCAAGGAGGCGUCCUCGUCCGGGACGUCGUCCCUCCUGACCCCCCUGUCGGUGGAGAGCGCCGCGUCGAGCUCGGCCCUGCCGCCAGCACCGCUGCUGGACCUGCCGCGUCUGGACCUGCCGCGGCCCUUCGACCCGCUCUCGGACGUCAGCAACGACUCCAACCACAACGGCCGCGACAGCGACGGCCGGGACACUAUGGCGGUGGCCGAGCGGCUGUCCCAGCCGGCGCCGCACCCCGCCGCCUCUGGGCCGGCCUCCAGCCUGCCCCCCGCCGCGCCCGCGCCCCAGACCCUCUCCCCGUGCCCGGACCCCGCGCGCGCCCACCCCAAACCCCCCUCGCCCGCCCCGCACGGCAAGACCAAGAAGAAGUCCAAGAAGCACAAGGACAAGGAGAAGUCGAAAGACCGGGAACGGGAGAAGGACAAGGACCGGGAGAGCCGCAGAGAGAGGAGGGGAGGAGAGGAGCGCGUGGCUGACCAGAGGAAAGCCUGCGAGAUCUCCUCCAGUCCGGACGGCAUGAAGGCCAGCAGCGGCCCACACAAGAGCACAGAUCUCAAUGGAACGUGUGACAGCUCCAGUGCCCCAACGCCACCAGAGGUGGCCGACUAUUUAUUGAAGUACACUGUGAUUGCCUCUCCGGAGCAGCGGCAGGGCUACAAGAAUGACUUUAACUCUGAGUACAGCGAGUACCGGGGGCUGCACGCGCGCAUCGAGGGCAUCACGCGCCAGUUCACCAUACUGGACGCAGAGCUCAAGCAGCUGCAGCAGGGCACAGACAAAUACAAGCUAAUCCACAAUCAGAUACUUGAAGAGUAUCGCAAAAUUAAAAAGACUAACCCGCACUACAGUCAGGAGAAGAACCGCUGUGAGUACCUGCACAAUAAGCUGGCUCACAUCAAGAGACUGAUAGCAGAGUACGACCAGCAGCAGCUGCAGAGCUGGCACUAGUGUCUCUGCGCGCCGCACGCGCCCCCUCUGGUAACCAGGCGGGGGGUUCAGGCGGCCUCAAGGACUGGCUGGCUGGUGUCUCUGGCCCGGCCCGCGCCACAAACAAACAAACAAACAAACACGCUCUAAUGUGCCACGCCACGGAGGGAUGGGCCCACCACCCCAACCCCCCCCCCCCCCCGACCCCGACCCUCACCUGAUCUCCCCAGACAGGGUCCCUCUGUGCUCCACACCCCCAACCCCUCUCUCUCCUUCUCCAUGUCAUUUCAUUCUCUGUUGAUCCAACUCUUUUGGGAGAAAGCCUCGAGUCCCUCCUCAGCCCAUUUCCCAUCCCUCCUAGCACACACAGAGGCGUCUCUAGAGAGUGCCUGUGGAAAAUCCACCUCUCUCCGAGGACCCCCUGCAUCAGCCCUCACUCCCCUUCCCCCCCCUCUCCCCCUCGCUGCUGACACUGAGCUCGGGCUGGGCAGAAUUUGCUUCCCGAAGUGCUAAUAGUUUAUAUAUAUAAAAAAAAAAAAGUACAAGACAAAAAUUUAAAUGGAUUAUUAUUUCCCCUUUGUUUGGAAAUGGAAAAGCUCCUAUGAUAUUUUAUUAUUAUUUUUUUUAUUUAUUCUGUAAUUUUUUUUUUUUUCCUUCCGGACUUCCAUGGGGAAUCUUGAGUUGAUUUAUGUACACUCCGCAGUAUGGGCGCCAGAGUCUGUCUCUGGGGAGCCUGCUUUCCUCUUGCUUUCAGUCCUCUCCCUCUUGACUAUCAGUAUUUUAUGCAAAAGCUGCCUUGGCUAUCAAAUUGUCCCAGCUGUUGCCAUUCAUGACAUUAUGUCCCCCCCCCCCCCCCCCCCCCCCCCCUCCACUUUACCACACGAGCAGUAUACAUUCAGCCAGUCAAAACAAAAGGACUAGUGCAGAUUCUGACUGUUGCACACGUGCAUGGAGCAGGCCGGUAAGGCUUUAUUGGCUGCUGCUGGGUUGAGGCCACAGCAGUGUUCCUGUUUUAUCAAUGAAUCUUGUGAGACGAAGCGAAACGAUGUCUUCUGACUGAAAGCAUCAAUGGUGCUACCAAGUCAUCUCUCCCGGUGUGGACAGUCACUACCAACCCCCUGACCUGUGCUCAGAUCAGAUCCACAGUUCACCCUCCACACAUUUCAUUCAGAGCCAAUCUACCACUGGUCUGAGUUCUGUUGUUUGACUGGCAUUACAUUUGGAUGAAGGCUUUAAAACAUUAAAAAAAAUCUCAUCAACUCUACAAGUAUUUCCCGUCUGUGUGCGCCAAGUGUUUUUAACAUUUCUCUCUGGUCAGCUGCCAUCCAUUCCGGCCUUCUGUUUGGCAAAGGCUUCCUUUAAUGAAACAAGUCCCCACAGAGUGGGGCUGUGACUUCACUAACGUACGUUUACACACCUACUGACUGGCUGAAUGUCAUUCAUACAACACGCACACACGCACACACGCACACACGCACACACGCACACACGCACACACGCACACACGCACACAUGCACACACGCACACAUGCACACACGCACACACACGCACACACACAACCAACUUCCAUGCCCCCCCCAAACCCCCCCCAAAAACCUGGAAGAGACUGUUAUUUUAAAAAGAAGAGAAGAAAAGAGCUUCAAGCUUCUUCCAUGAAGAGUGGAUUGUAUGUUUUCUUGAUCCGGCGAAGGAUAGAGAGCCUGGAGUCUUCGAUCUCCCAUCAGCCAGGGAGGACCUCCCCUCCGACUCCUCCUCCUCCUCAGACUCUCACUGCCCUGGGCUAGUCCGGCAGAAGGACCCAUUGUAUUUCUGAUAUUGAUCUCUUUAUGUUGAUAUUAAAACUCAGCACUUUCUUGCGUUCCGCCUCUUGCUGUUACUCUGACCUGGGUUGUUCUGAGGGAGAGUGUUUUUUUGCCUUGUCCCAGCGGAAGUGCAUGCUUUCUUAGUGAAUGUGUUUUAAGUACAGUCAGACCAGUAUUUGCAUCUCAAUUUUUAAACUGCUGUUCCAAGGCAUUCAAAUCCAAACAAAGGCCUACAUGCACACCAACCCCUGUUUGUAUCGCCGACCUUCGAGAGAGAAUUCUCAUGUAUUAGAAAAUGCACAACUUUUAAGCCAGUCCUCAACCUUUAAUGAACACACUGGGUUGAAAUGAUCACAGCUGAACAUCAUGGUGCUUGUACCUGCUGCUAUUGAGGCAGUCAGACUGGACUGUACAUUUAUACAUUGAACACACGGCUGAUAUGUGUGUGGAAGAGACGUGUUUACAGCCAUAUCUGACCUGUGUGAUUGAAACACUAUCUGUGUUUCUCUUGUCAAAUGCAAGAGUAUUUUCUUCCUUCUCUGAAAUCUCUCCCGUGUUUUGUUUGAACCCCCCCCCCCCCCCCCCCCCCCCCCCCCCCCCCAAUCACUGGCAUUGUUCCCCUAUAGCAGAGGCCACAUCUGUGAUUUCAGAUGAUCUCUGAUCAUGGGGGUGAUGGUUACUGGGGUUUUGUUUGGAUUUGGAGAUACCUGUGUUGUUUUGUUUUUGUUUUUGACUAUGAUUUGCAAGUACACAACACCACAUGGGUUGAAUGUGCCAGAUCUGAGCUGCAGUUGCAGAUAGUAAAGGAGGACCUGCUGUGGCCAAUUCAGCAUUAUAGAGGGUCCCACUGCUCGAGAGGGAAGUACCAAAGCACGCUUUCUGAAACAAUAAGGGACUGGGACUGAAAUUUCUCUUGACAUUUGAAUAAAAACCCUGGAAAAUCAA